AUGACAGACGUAUCCGCCACCCAGGCCAUCCGCCGCACAGCAGAGACAAUCGCAAACUACCUCUUGCAACAACAUGCAGCAGCAAGCAGCCGAGGCGCACCAAACCGCCCUUUGCUCGUAUCGAUGCAGGGACCACAGGGAUGCGGCAAGAGCACACUCGCAUCCAGUCUCGUCACGGUCCUCGAAGAGCGUGGUCUCAACGUGCUCGAGCGCAUCCGGAGCGGGCCGCCGCCGUCGUCGUCCAACCCCAUCCUCCUCCCCGUGUUCGACAAGAGCCAGCACAACGGCUACGGCGACCGGGCAGCGGCGGCUGUCAAGCUCACACGGCCGGUGGACGUGUUCAUCCUGGAGGGUUGGAGCUUGGGGUACGGCUCGCUCUCUGACGCGGCGGCGCGCGAACGCUGGUCCGUCGGUCGCGUGGCGCAGCAGCACCCUUGGGAGUCGUUGCUGCAGAUCAAUGCCAACCUCGCCUCGGUGCAGAUGGCAACGGACGCCAACUUUGAUUGCCAUGUCGCGGAGCACAAGAUGAAGGCCGCCAACGGCGGCAAGGGCAUGAGCGACGACGACGUCAAGUCGUUCAUUGAUCGGUACAUGCCCGUGUACGAGGUGUUUGGCGACGUCAAGCCGCCGCGGCCGACGCUGACGUUGUCGUUUGGGAGUGAACGUGAGGUGCUCCAGGCGAGCGAGGCGUAG